AUGGGCAAGCAGCAGCGCGGCGUCCCGGCCUUCUCCAACGCGGGCCAGCGCGGAACCCGGCCGCAGGGCCUCAGCCAGCCCAUCGUGCUCCAGGCCCCACCGCCACCGACAUCUGCCGCUGCCAUGAUGGCUGCAAGUCAACAGCAGCAACAGCCACAGCAGCAGCAACAACAGAGCCAGCAGAAGCAGCAGAAGGGCAGCCCAGCAGCAGCAGCGGCGCCGGGAUCCGCUCCAAUCCGCGCCUGGGCCACGCAGGAACUCACCAAGCUGCUUGGAUUUGAGAGUGCAGAAGUGGUCGACUAUGUGAUGGGCAUCCCUGCCGAGCGUGAGCUGCGCGAGUACCUGCUCGAAGGCGGCUUGCUCUCAGCCACUUCUCCAGCGACCACUGCCUUUGUCAACGAGCUGUGCAAGCGCCAGUUUCCUGCGCAGACCACUGCCACUGCGGCCGUCACGGCUCCUGCAGGUGCGUUCGUCUACAUCAAGUCGGUCCAGCAAGAGGAAGCCAAGCGUUCGCCGUCGCCCAAGCACCAGUCCCAGUCCCAAUCACAGUCUCUCGUUACGCAACCAAUCUCGUCCGUGUCUGCCAAUGUUGCUGCUGCUGCUGCUUCCCAAGGCAAGCCGACGACAACGUCGAAUGUACUCGGAGCUCCAAGUGCUGUACCAUCGCCAUCGCACACUACAAGUGGAUUCGCCAGCAAUGCCAUGCCAAGCGGGCAAUCGCGAGACAACAACGCACCCACCUCAGCGACGACCGCUGCGUAUGCUGCCAAAACGAAAGCUGAAGACCACUCGCAGCCCAUUGUCUUUGCAGCCCCGGCGCCCGUGCUAACACCCGAGCAAGCGGAGCGACAACGCACCCAGGAACUCGCCAAGCUGCGAGCCAAAAAGACGCGCUAUGUGAGCCUCGCAUCGUUGCACACGAGCGACUUUCUCGCACCUGGACGCCAGGAAUGUGGAUGCCUGGCUUCCCGACACGAACUGGUCAACAAUUGCACCGAGUGCGGCCGUAUCGUGUGUGCGCAAGAGCGCGCCGGCGCGUGCUUCACUUGCGGAGCGAUCGUCUUCUCCAAAAGCCAAGCCCUCGAGGUCCAGCGAGGCUCCAAACACAGCGAAAAGGUCAAAGCUAAGCUCAUCGACCAGUUUGCCAAGGAAGAGCAGCAGCGUCUGGCGAACGUUGCCCAGCACGACCGCGAGCAAAAGGCUGCGCAAGACCGAAUUCGCCAGCAAGCGCUGCUCGCCCAAGGCACUACGCAGCUUGUUCCCACGGGCGGGGGCGAGGACGCUUACGACAAGGCUGUGCAACACAAGAACAAGCUGCUCGAGUUUGAUCGCACCUCGGCCAAGCGCACGCAGGUGAUUGACGACGAGAGCGACUACUUUUCCGCAGACAACAACAAGUGGCUGACGCAAGCCCAAAAGGAUGCCCUGAAAGCCAAGGAGGCAGAGAUCAAGCGACACCGCGAAGAGGCCAAGCGCAAAGUCACGAUCGAUUUGAUCUCGCGCCAGGUUGUUGCCGCGGACAUGACUGGCCUUCGAGGUGUGCACGAUGCCGAUAUUCAUGAGGUGGUGGAUGCCACGCUUGCCAAAGCAUCGAUUGCCGCCUCCUCGCAUGGGAAGAGCGAUCAGCCAAACGCCUGGUCCACACCAAUGUCUAUCCAACCUGUUUAUCUCCCUCCAAAGCCAAUCAAAACAAAGGCUGCCAAGGGAGCAAACGCCCCCGCAGCUGCUUCAGCAACGACAACUACACCGAUUGCCACGUCUUCUGCCACAGCCCGACAUGGGGCUUCACGCGUUCAAGACAAGGCCAUUCAGGAGAUGGUCGAUGUCGGCGUUUGCCUGUCCAUGCAUCAGCCUUGGGCCACGCUCCUUGUCCAGGGUAUCAAAAAGGUGGAAGGGCGGACCUGGUACAGCGCCCAUCGUGGGCGCUUGUGGAUUGCUGCGGCGGCCAAAACGCCCGACCCUGCCGAAAUCGCCGAGGUGGAAGCCAUGUACCGAAGCCGCGAUCCGGCUGUUGUAUUUCCGACCGAUUAUCCCACAGGUUGUCUGCUUGGUGCUGUUGAUAUGGUGGAUUGUCUGAGUCAAGACCAAUUUGCCUCCCAGUCCACGUACGAUUCAAGUGAAUCUCAGGCUCCGUUUGUCUUUAUCUGCGAAAAUCCUUCGGAAUUGCUGCUCAAAUUGCCUGUCAAAGGGGAUCACAAAAUCUGGAAGCUCGAGCAUUCAAUGCACAGUGCCGCACGAGCAGCAAUGCGUGCGGAUCGAUGAUUCGUUCCGUUCCACCACGAGCAUGUACUGUCAGAUUGAUCACUACGACAUACACAAAAAACACUUUUACUACUCUUUAAAAAAAUUACAAAAAUUGCAGAA